AUGCCCUCCGUAAAGCGUGCGAUCAGGAUUGCCGGCUCGUCUGGCGGUUUCUCCGACCGUCAGCGCGCCAUUGGCGACCUGGCCAAGAACUGCGACGUUGACUGCAUCAUCGGCGACUGGCUGUCCGAAUGUACAAUGACCCUACACGGCGCGCAGAAACAGGAGAAUGAGAAGCUUCGGAAAACAGGACAGCUCACGGACGAGCCUGCCGGUCUCUUUGACCCGACCUUUAUGGAUAAUAUCUCACCCGCGUUGCCGUACCUCACGUCCAAGAACAUCAAGGUUGCCGUGAACGCUGGUGCGAGCGAUACCGAACUUCUCGCAAAGACCGUGGAGGAGGAGGUCAAGAGGCAGGGGCUCGACCUCAAAGUUGGAUGGGUGAGUGGUGACGAGGUUACGGAGACUGUGAAGAGGUUGCAGGCCAACGGGGAGGUCUUUCCCAGCUUGAUGAACGGGAAGCCUCUGAGUGAAUGGGGACACGAAAUCAUCGCGGCCCAAUGCUACCUCGGAGGCGCAGGCGUUGCUGAGGCCCUUCGCCAGGGCUGCGACAUUGUCAUUUGCGGUCGUGUUGCCGAUGCUGCCACGACUAUUGGCGCUGCCAUGUGGUGGCACGGCUGGGACCGUGAGACUGACCUGGAUCAGAUUGCUGGGUCUCUCGUGGCAGGCCACCUGAUUGAGUGCUCGGCCUACGUCUGCGGCGGGUACUACUCAGGCUUCAAGAGGCUCAUGGACAAAUGCGAGAACAUUGGCUUCCCCAUUGCCGAGGUGGACGCUGACGGUUCAUGUGUCAUCACCAAAGAAGCUGGCACUGGCGGUGAAGUCUCCGUCGGAACUGUCUCGUCGCAGCUUCUGUACGAAAUUCAGGGUCCCCUCUACUACGGUUCCGAUGCCACGGCCAACCUCGAGGGCAUCGUCAUGAGGGAGAUUGGCAAGGACCGCGUCCAAGUCACCGGUGUCAAGGGCCUUCCCGCACCAUCAACGACCAAGGUCGGACUGACAGCCUGGGGCGGCUACCAAGCCGAGUUCCACUACCACAUUGUCGGUCUGGACCUUGAAGAAAAAGCCGAGUGGACGGAGCGGCAAGUUCGCCACUCGAUUGGCGACGCGAUCAAGGAUCUCACCUGUCUCAAGUUCUCGCUGAACGGCUACUCCCAGGAGAACCCUCGGAACCAAGAGGUCGCGACCGUCGACUUGCGCGUCUUUGUCCAGACAAAGAAGAAGGCGCUCGUCGACAAGUCCACUCUUGACGUCCCCGGAUUCAACCGCUGGUGCAUGGAGAACUUUUUGCAGUCAUGUCCUGGUGCGUCCCUGGACAACGACCAGCGCCAGAGCGAGGGCAAGGAUUUCUUCGAGUACUACGUGACCCUGCUGCCGCAGUCGGAAGUCAAGCACCGCGUGGAGCUCCCGUGGAUGGGGAAGAGCAUCGACAUUCCAGUGCAGAACAAUGUCACGACAUAUCCGCGGGAUCAAAAGUCGUACGAGUGCGCUCGCCCCGUGGACUUGACGUCCUAUGGACCUACCACACGCGGACCCCUGGGCUGGGUCGUUGGUGGUCGUUCGGGCGACAAGGCCUCGGAUGCCAAUGUUGGGUUCUACGUGCGCCACGAAGACGAGUACGACUGGCUACGCAGUCUUCUCACAAUGGACAAGGUGCACCAACUCCUCGAGGGCUCCGACAAGGGCCGCAAGAUUGAACGGUUUGAGAUUCCGGGGAUUAGGGCGGUGCACUUUUUGAUUCGGGAUCACCUGGAUCGGGGCUUCAACUCGACGAGCGAGUAUGAUACGCUGGGUAAGAAUGUGUGCGAGUAUUUGCGCGCCAAGUACGUCGACAUUCCCAACAAGUUCCUCAGAAGGGGGAGGUUCUGA